AUGGAAUCGGUUGACGAGGAGGACAGCUUUGGGCCAGUGAUCGCUGUCGCUUCGGAAACGACAGAGGCUGAAAAAGAGUUUGAAAAGGUGUUGGAAGAGUUGCGGGAGGCGGAGGGUCUGAAGCUCUACGCCGACGUGUAUACAAAACUGUACGACUCCUAUUUCAAGCUAAAGGAAGAGAAUGAUGAUCAAAACGAACAAAUCAAUAUCCUUAAGACGAGACUGGGCCGGUUUGAUGACACAGUCACCGACUAUAUCAGUGAGCUGUCCGACGCACAGAAAACAAUUGAUCGGCUGAGAGCGGAAAUAGACGAAGCAAAGGCCCUGGCAGACGCAAUGCACGCCCGUGAACUGGCAAGCGUGGAGAGCCUAGAGACCAUGAAAAAGACUGUCAAUAGGCUGGAGAAGGAACUGGACGCCCGAAAACGAGCGGGCGAGGACGACGCGGGAGCGACAUCUGCUGUGAAAGAGAAAGAGAAGUUCGAAAAAGAAAAGGCACGACUGCAGGGCGAACUGGACAGUGUAAAACUGAGACUUAACAACGCCCUGAGCUACAUAGAAGAGAUGGAACAAAAGAACACGGCGGCUGAGGAGAGCAUUGCUAAGUUGGAAGAACAGCUUGAGGAAGCAGACAACAACGCAGUACGACAGAAUCGACUGGUGGAGCAUCUGAAAGCGGAGACUGCCUCACUGAAGUCUGAAAUUGAGCAAAGAGGUGCUCACAUCGGUAACCUCAACGAUAAGCUAAGCAAAGCUGAAAAGAGCAUCGAGCGACGUGAAAAACAACUCAAGGAUAUGGGACACAAGCUCGAUAUAGCACAGCAAGAGCAAGAAGCGGCAUGCGCGAGGGCUGCCUCGUUGAAGGAACAACUAGAUGCGACCAAUUCACAGUUAGACGCAACCAAGCAGAAGUUACAGAACACGUCUAAGGAGUUAAAGAACAUGACAGACGACGGCGUCAGAAUGCGCAACGAGAUAACGAAGCUGAGCAAGCAGUCCACGCAGCAGACCAAGAAGUAUCAGCUUCUGGAACAGAGCAAAGCCAGUAUUGAAGCAGAAAGAGAGCGUCUUCGCCAGCAAGUGACCGUGAUGGAAAGAGAAAUCAUGCUCAGCAACAAACACGCGGAAGCAGAUAAAAGGGAGAUUGAGAACCUAAACAGGGAGAAAGAUAUUUUGAACAAGACUGUUCAGAAGAUACAGAAUGAAGCGCUGGAGAACCUGCAAAUGUUGGCCCUGCAGGAGCAGAGGCGCAAGCAGCUGGAGCACGAGCUGCAGGUGCACGCCGCGCAGACGAACAAGCAACGCCUCACUAUCCGACAGCUGGAGAAGGACAAGGACAGAAUGUUAGAAGAAACGAUUGCCCUCAAUGACAAAAUUGAUGAAACCACAGAGGAGGUCCGUCUCCGCACCGCCGACAUUUUGGACUUGAAAAAGGCGCUCCGAGACGAAGGCAUCAAUUCGCGCAAGCUCUCCGUCUCUCUCGACGCGACUCGAACUGAGAGGAACAUGCUGCACAAAAACUAUACGGAGGCUCUCGAUGAGAUACAGGAUCUCAAACAGAAACAGAAGAUGCUAGCUUACCAGAUAGAACAAUUAAAAGAAGACAUCACCGGCAAGGAGACGGGUCUGAAGACGUGCGAGGGCAUGCUAGCGAAGUGCAACAAAAAGAACGAGCAGCUACGAACCGAAGUGCAAGCUGUCACAGCAAAGUUGUCUGAAGCGAAAGCCGACAUCACUGCGCUCAGACAGGAGGAGGCGCGACUGAACAGAAUUAUUCAGGAAAGUGAUGCUGGCCGGGCGAAGCUAAUGAAGGAGUUGGAGGGUCUGAUGAACGAACGCGAUGUAAUCGGCGCCCAGUUGGUGAGAAGGAAUGAUGAGAUAUCGCUGCUGUAUGAGAAGAUUCGGAUACUGGAGGUCACACUCCAUAGAGGGGAGCGUCAAUAUGAGCAACGAGUGGAAGACAUCCGUCUACUUCGCCUGGAGAUCAUACGACUGCGCAAGGAGAAGAACCUACUGUCAAAGGGCAUAGAGAAUAUGACAGAUUUAAGACUAGAGGUGUUUAACCUAGAACGCGAGCUGGGACGAUCUAGACUCCGCGUACGAGCCCUGGAGGAAGCUCUGGAGACGCCGCUCAACGUGCACCGCUGGAGGAAGCUGCAGGGAACCGAUCCCGAAACUGUGAGGCUCACACAGAAGCUCACGCUCACGCAGAAAAAAGUACUGGCCCAGAGCGAAAUGCUGGUGCUUAAGGACCGCGAGCUCAAAGAGACGAAAAAUCUUUACGGUGCAGUCAAAGACAUGCUCGCGUUACAACCCAGUCCUGAGAUACAGCAAACUUUAGUUCGAACACAGCGUGCACUGGCGCAAAGAACCACGAAAAUGAAAUGCUUGGUUGCAGAGCUAGGAAUGCGCGAACGUCAAGUAUCUGACCUUCGACGAGAGUUGGAUCGCGCGAAUGGAGAUUUGAACUCAUUUAAACAGCGCUACUACGAGAUGAAGCGGGCGCUGGACGCUGAUGAGGCGCGCAGACUCCGCGUCGCAACACCGCUCCCAAUAACUACCUCUCAUGCUCAAGAAACACCCAGCUAA